CCAUUUUUUCCCCCGAUACCUUUAUGAAUUAUUACGAAAAAUAAACAAUAUUCUCUUAUUAUUCAACGGAGUGCGAGAUCUGGUAAAUAAAUAAAUAAAAAUGAAUAAAUAAAAAAGUGUAGUUCGCCAUAGCUCCUCGGUUCCGCAGAGUGGAGAGCGAGACCCGUGACUCCUCUCAGCCUCAGGCCGCUGCUUCUGCUUCUGCUUCUGCUUUAUUACAUCAAAAUCCAUUUUCCCUAUUGGAUUUUCCUCAAUGUCGCUCUCCGAUUCCGAUGCUGAUUCUUAAACUCUUUCUUCUCUGCAAUUUGGUCCCGGAUCAGAGCGGCUUCUUCUUCCUCUUCGUUUCUUGAAUGGAAUACAGAGAAUUUUGGACGCCGGACCGCUGUGGAAGACCAUGAAGUUCUAUAUUUCGACGACGGGGAUUAAGAGGGUAACGAUUUCAAAUCCCGGCGCCGGCAAGGCGCCGCACGCCGCCUCGACGGCGCCUCGAAGGAUCUCCACCCGUUCAAUCCUGCCGCUCCUCCUCACGCUCGCGAUUGUUUUGCCCUUUUUUUUCGUCAGAGUUGCCUUUUUGGUACUUGAAUCGGCCGCUGCUUGUUCUUCCACUCUUGACUGCUCAGGAUGGAGGAUUUUCAGCGCGGAUGACGCGUCUUCGAGACUGGGCGAGGAGCUGUCAAGGGCACUUGUAGAAUCAAAGGAAGGUGGGUCUGUGGAGGGUGAAAAUGGAGUGGGAUCGUUUGACGAGCUUGUGAAAGAGAUGAUUUCGAAACGACAGGAUAUGAGGGCCUUCGCAUUAAAGACUAAAGCCAUGCUUCACGCUAUGGAACAAAAGGUCAAAUCCGCCAGAAAGCGGGAAUCUGUGUAUUGGUAUUUAGCUUCACACGGUGUUCCAAAGGGCCUACAUUGUCUGUGUCUCAAACUUGCUGAAGAGUAUGCCGUAAAUGCCAGAGCUCGAGCUCGUUUGCCGCAGCCUGAAUAUGUUUCUCGCCUUACCGACCCCUCCUUACGCCACCUCGUUCUCUUGACUGACAACGUCCUUGCCGCCUCUGUUGUCAUCUCCUCCGCCGUCCGAAAUUCGGCCGACCCACAAAAAUUGGUGUUCCACAUCGUCACUGACAAGAAGACAUACACUCCCAUGCACGCAUGGUUUGCAACCAAUUCCAUGGAUUCGGUUGUGGUGGAAGUCAAGGGGUUGCACCAAUUCGACUGGCCUGAAGAACUCAACGACAGAGUUAAAGAUAUGCUGGAGAUUCACCGUUUGAUCUGGAAGCGUUACUAUAAAGAUUUCAAAGGAGAGAAUUUCGAAUAUGAUGGAGAAGACAAGAGAGAAUUAGAUGUUCUAAGCCCCAGCAGUCUCUCCCUGUUGAAUCACCUCCGCAUUUAUGUUCCCGAGCUGUUUCCAGAUCUGAAUAAGAUUGUAUUCCUGGACGAUGACGUUGUGGUGCAACAUGAUAUGUCCUCUUUGUGGGACUUGGACCUUGGUGGGAAUGUGGUUGGUGCUGUCGUUGAUUCUUGGUGUGGAGAUGCUUGUUGUCCAGGAAGGAAAUACGGCGACUACCUGAAUUUCUCUCAUCCUUUGAUAUCAUCCAACUUCAAUCCUCAUAGUUGUGUGUGGCACUAUGGCUUGAAUGUCUUCGAUCUUGAAGCUUGGAGGAGGACCAACAUAACAUCCACAUAUCAUCAGUGGUUGAAACAUAACCUCAAUUCUGGAUUGGCAUUGUGGCUUCCAGGAGAACUUCCUCCAUCCUUGAUGGCUUUUGGGGGUCAUGUGUUUCCCAUUGAUCCAUCAUGGCAUGUGGCAGGGUUAGGUGAAAGACCCCCACAACUUUUUACCAGGGAGGUCCUGGAAGAUGCCACGGUUAUACAUUUCAGCGGUCCCGCGAAGCCGUGGCUCGAGAUUGGGUCUCCAGAGGUACGGAACAUAUGGAAUAAACAUGUAAAUUACUCAAACAAGUUCAUUAAGAAAUGCAGAAUAAUGGAGUGAGGAGAACGAAGUUCUGUCACUCUAAACUAUUCAUUUUGGGACCAUAUAUCUAGAUAUCCGAUGAAGAUAUGGUCUGAAAUUGGAGGGAAGAAGGUUUUGCCUUCAGUCUCUGCUCAGACUAACCUCUACAAAGUAUGAUAUUGGUUAUAUAUAUAUAUUAUGUCCAUACACUAUUACUAGGUAAUAGAUGAAGGUAGCCAAUGUAAUAUUACACAAUAGAAUCAGAGACUCAGAGUUUUACAACCUUGAGGAUAAAUUGUGAUCAUGGAUGUAACUAUCUGGAACUUUGUAUAUUGAUUUUAUAUCUUAAUUAAAAUACCUUAUUUUAGAUGAUGAAA